AUGAGUCGCCUCAGCGAUGAUUUGGGCAACUCCAAAGUUGAUCUAGCCACAUCGAUCGACGCAAUCCCCGCGAACCUCGAGACGUCUGAACAUAGCUCGAACUCGGCUUCCACGAAGGAACUCAUCAAUUUGGCCCUUGAAUUUCUGUCAACCUCUAGCAAUGAAGCCCUGUUGGGGGUCUUUUCUCUCCUUACACUUGUCACCUACGUUAUUCUCGGGCGAAUCGGACUCGUCCUUAUCGGAGUAGUGCUAGGGGUUGUCCUUCACGCAUCGUGGGAGGGACCAGUUUCAUCAUCAGAAGGAUCGCGUGGACCAAAAAAGAGAAGAGAACUUGCGCUAGAAGUGUCCAGCAGGCUGUUGGACUGGUCGAAACGGGACAGUGCUACGAAAACCCAGAGCAACAAUGAUGGGUCUAUGACUGGCCCUGAGGGUCUAUCCUCGGCAGACCUUGAGUAUGCCACAUUUCAACCAGCCACCGCGAGUGCGUUGAAGACACUCACAGACGCUGUCAUAAGAGACUAUGUUCAGUAA